AUGGCACAGAGCGACGAAAAUGGCUUCGUCGGCGCUGGCACCGACGGAUUGCACGCCAUGGACGGAACGUACGCGCUGCGGAUUAAGGUUGUCGCUGGGCUGCAGCUCGCAAAAAAGGACAUUUUCGGCGCAAGCGACCCGUACGUGCGCAUCGACCUGAACAUGGUCAGCGGCGACGUCAACGUGCAGUCGGUGCUGACGAAGACGAAGAAAAAAACGCUCCACCCCAAGUGGAAUGAGGAGUUUAUCUUUCGCGUCAAACCCACCGAGCAUAAGCUCGUCUUCCAGGUGUUUGAUGAGAACCGGCUCACGCGGGAUGACUUCCUGGGUAUGGUGGAGUUGCCACUCGAACAGCUGCCCCGGGAGCGGCCCGGUGUUGAGAUUCCGGCCCGUAGCUACCCACUGCGGCCACGCAGGUCAGUUCGCGCCCGCUCGAACGUACGUGGAGAGCUGCAGCUGUAUCAUGCGUACAUCGUGGAUCAGGACACCAACGAAACCGAUUGGGAAAUGAUCGAAUCCAGCCCUGUUCCAACCGUCACCAGUGUGCCACGAGCAUCGACCAACGCGCUCGAACUGCCCCAAGGUUGGGAGGAACGUCAGGAUGCGAAUGGGCGGACUUACUACGUGAAUCACGUUGCCCGAUCUACCCAGUGGGAGCGGCCCACGGCAGUGCCUAUGGAGACGAUCGCGGAGAGCGACAUGGAUGUCGCAUUUCAGCGCCGAGUGCACAUUAGCGUUGAUGAUAGUGCGACGUUGAACGGUUCGCGAAGCAAUUCCAUCGCUUCAUCCUCAAUCGCCAGCCUUUCGGAGCGACCCGCUAGCGAGCUGAUGGAGCCGGAUGUGGUAGUGCUUCGCACGGACUCAUGCCAAUCCCUGCGAACGCUUCGGCUCAGUGCUCCACCGAAGCUUCCGGCCGCGCUUGUCCGUGCUAGCACCAACCGGAAUGUGGCCACUUCCGGUGAACGACGGGUGACGACUCUGGAGCGACGCUCAAGGUCUGCCUUAGUUCCGCCACCGUGGAGGUUAACCGUUGCGGACCGGUGCACGAUGGGAACCGGAUUACGGCAUCGGGCCCUUGCCCUGGAACCGCUGUCCGAUAGCGAGGAGGACGGUGAAAAUGGCGGUGUUCCGCUUCGAGCGGCACCACACCUGAGUGAGAGUGGCCGUCGAUCCUCCAGCCGGUCAUCGAUCGGCAGUGACAGCAGUUUGCGUGCUCAGCAACACCGCAUCGACGCUCUCGAGGACGAACUGGACAGUGGGCCCACACGAGCGGUCGUACGCAGUGGCAGCAACAGCAGCAGCAGCAAUGGCAGUGCUUGUGGUCCUUUGAACGGUGAUGGACGUCCUUCGACCAGCACCGGAAGCAGCAACAACAACAAUAAUGGUGGAACCGGUGCGGCCCAUCCGGCGAGUAAUGGCAGCAACAGCAUCAACAAUAACGACACGAGCGAUGAUCGUUCCUCGACGCGUUCGUCUACUUCGAACGAGAAUGACUCGUCUGGUAGCAGUCCGUCUGGUGGAGGAGGUCCUGGUUCGAUGUUACCAGCCGGCUGGUCGAUGCAGCUUGCCCCGAACGGGCGCGUGUUCUUCAUCGAUCACAAUGAGCGGAAGACGUCGUGGGUAGAUCCGCGUACGGGCCGAGCUAGUCCAAUGCCAUCCAGCCAGGGUGCUGUAGCGUCCAACGAUGUACGCCGGCCGGAGGAGGGUUUGGCCCCGCUACCCGAGGGUUGGGAGGAACGCGUCCACAGCGACGGUCGCAUCUUUUUCAUCGACCACAACACCCGGACUACGCAGUGGGAGGAUCCGCGACUGUCCAUUCCCAACAUAGCCGGGCAGGCGGUGCCCUACUCCCGCGAUUACAAGCGAAAGUACGAGUACCUAAAGACGCAGCUACGAAAACCGCAAAACGUGCCAAACAAGAUCGAAAUCAAGGUGCGACGCGCGUCCAUCAUGGAGGACUCGUACCGGAUCAUCAACUCCGUGACACGGUUGGAUUUGCUGAAGACGAAGCUGUGGAUUGAGUUUGAGGGCGAAGCUGGACUGGAUUAUGGUGGGUUAGCUCGUGAAUGGUUCUACCUGCUGUCGAAGGAGAUGUUCAAUCCGUACUACGGGCUUUUCGAGUACUCGGCCAUGGACAACUACACGCUGCAGAUCAACCCGUACAGCGAGCUGUGCAAUGAGGACCAUCUGCUCUACUUCAGGUUCAUCGGGCGCAUUGCUGGUAUGGCCGUGUACCACGGUAAGCUGCUGGACGCGUUCUUUAUCCGCCCGUUCUACAAGAUGAUGCUGCAGAAGCCCAUCGACCUGAAGGACAUGGAAGCGGUAGAUACCGAGUACUACAACUCGCUCGUCUGGAUCAAGGAGAACGACCCGAGCGAGCUGAUGCUGACAUUCUGCGUGGAUGAGGAAACGUUCGGGCAGACGACACAGCACGAGCUGCUACCAAAUGGUGCCGAUAUUGACGUGACCAACGAGAACAAGGACGAGUACAUCCGGCUCGUCAUCCAGUGGCGGUUUGUGUCACGCGUUCAGGUCCAGAUGCAAGCCUUCCUGGAUGGGUUCGGUUCACUCGUGCCGCUUAAUCUGCUUAAGAUAUUCGACGAACACGAGCUCGAGCUGCUGAUGUGCGGCAUCCAGUGUAUCGAUUUGCGCGAUUGGAAGCGUAACACGCUGUAUAAGGGCGAUUACUACCCGAACCACCUCGUCAUCCAGUGGUUCUGGCGUGCGGUGUUGUCGUUCUCCACCGAGAUGCGCGCCCGGUUGCUGCAGUUCGUCACUGGCACGUCUCGGGUGCCCAUGAACGGGUUCAAGGAGCUGUACGGAUCGAAUGGACCGCAAAUGUUCACCAUCGAAAAGUGGGGCACUCCGGAGAAUUACCCACGGGCUCAUACUUGCUUCAACCGGUUGGAUCUGCCACCAUACGAGAACUACCACCAGCUAAAGGAGCGGCUCGUACAGGCCGUCGAAGGCAGCCAGGGCUUUUCGGGUGUAGACUAGACGUACCCGGUGGCCGGU